AUGCGAACCUCACCGGCGGUCCACGUUUUUGCCUUCGCAGACUCGGCGCACCCGAACCUUUGCACUCUCGCGAGCUCCGUGGCUUCGGCAGGCGGAAGCCUCAACGUGGUCGGCCUGGGUUACGAAGAGGAAAUGCCUUUCGGGGCAGUUCCCCGCGAGGCCUUGGACUCCAUCGCAGAAGCCUUGGCCGAGCAGGGCAAGGCCAAGCAAGUGGAAGGGCAGCGCAUGGCGGCAACGCUGCAAUGCAUGACCAAAGAGGAUUGCAAGAAGACGAAGGGCUUGAAGAAGGUGCGCAAGUUCUUCGCAGUUUGGCCUCACCUCGAACAUCUUGAGGAUGAGGAUCUGGUGCUGGCCAUGGAUGGCUACGAUGUUGUGCUGGAAACGCCCAGCCUGCAGCACUUGCAGGACACCUUCGACCAUGUACAGCGCCGGCUGGGGCCAGUGACGAGCCUGCCCACCGGCCCGGUGAUCUUCAGUGGCGAGGCAAACUGCUGGCCCUUCGUCCAUCCUUGGACUGAGCCACCUUUUAUGACUGGUGAUUACAGACCUCACUACUUGUACCGCUACGGCGCUGGCCGCGUGCUGCGAGGCGACGAGGUUUGCGAGCACUGGCGAAAGCAUCUUGGGCAUCCCGGCAAAAUGACGGGACAUCGCUUCGGUCGAAAUCGGACUGAGGAAUUGCCCUUGUUUCUUCCCUUCCUGAACAGUGGUGUUUUCAUGGGUCGCGUAGCGAGCCUCCGAGGUCUUUUUGCACUGGCUGCAGAGGUCCUUCGGCUCUUCGGGGAUUUUGCAGACCAGGCACUGGUGACGUCGACUGCGCUGCACGCCAGUUUGCUGGAGAGACCCUGGGUCCCCCUCCGCGUGGAUCAUACCGGGGAGCUUCUCGCUUCCCUCCAUGGCGUGCAGCUUGAGGCGCUGGCGAGGCGCCUGAAGGCACCUCCAGUCUGCAACUUUUCGGGCAGAAUGGAUCACGGCUUUUACACCGCUGCAGCAGGACAGCCUGGCCCUGGCCGCUCCAAGUGGAGUUCGGCUCGGCUUGAGGCCGCGCGGCGGGAAGACCGGCCGCCGCCGCUGGUGGUCCAUUUCAACGGCGAUAAGAAGCCGUACUUCGAAGAGAACUGUCACGACUCUGUCAGUGCAGAGGGGCAGGUCCUGGGCUCUUUGCCUGGGCAGUGCUCCCUGAUGGACACCGACCACCAAAUGGAAGCCUUCAUCACCACACCAACUGCGACGGAGACGCGUGUGCACAUGCGGCAGGUGCCUGUACCGGCGCUCGCGCGGACGCCACCGCAUGUGGCACGCUUGCUUGGGAUCUCGGUCAGCUUGGGGCUGAACACGGCCAGGGAGGUGGCCGGCCGGCUGUUGUCGCACGGGCAAAGCAUCCUGGUGCACCGGCCGGGCCCGCCGAACCUGCCCACACUCACGUGGAGUGCUUCAAACGCCGGCUCCUGGCGCUUAGGAGCAAGGCGAUGCCUGGGAGAAGUGAAGCUCUGGCAGUUUGAUGUCCGAGGGCCACAAGAUGGGAAACUACCGACUCCCGAGCAUCUUCAGAAGGCACAGGAGGGCCACCAAGCGCUUGGUGCCGUUCUGCUGGACAGCGAGAGCAUGGCCUGUGUGAACCGACCCUUCCAGCAAGAUUACUGCCAGAUGCUCUUUGAGCUGAGGGCCAGCUGGUCCUGCCUCGCGCCUCACGGAGAGAAUUCCACUGGGCUGAUGCUCGCAAUCUACGACCCUGCCGACUUUCCGGAAUUCUUCGCGCAGGAGGCCUCGAACGUGCAGAGUGCGACAAGUAGCCGCCGGGCUGCCGCAUUGAGGGCCGCGGAAUCCCGCAGCGCUCUUUGCAGCACACCGCUGAGUGUGACAGAACUCUGCGGCGGGCAAGCAGUCGUGGACUUUGCCAUGUUAAUGCCACCUUGGGAA